UCCUCUUUUUCUCUCAUUCUCUUUCUUCCCCGCCGACAUUGCCCUCUGCUUCAGAAGUAUCCGCCAAGAGUUUCAAGUAUUUAGAGUUGGAUUUUAGUAGAGCAAUUGAAGGUAAUAUCAUGGGUAGAGAAGGUUAUUCUAAUGGCAAGAAGGGGAGGAGAGGUGGAAAUGGCGGAAAACCCAAUAGAAAUCGCGAUGCUGGUUUCAAUGGGGGAGCUUCAAAUUAUCAAACUGAUUUCGGUUCACAAUCAUCUUUUGUCAGGAAGCCGGUAGAUCCUGAGACAUCUAAAUACUUCUCAGAGAUUGCUAAUGUUAUUGCGAAUCCUAAUAUGGAAUUGGAGGAAAGAUCAGUCAUAUGUGGUAAUGCUUUGGAUGAAAGUCGUGGGAAGGAAGUAGAACUUGCGACGGAUUAUAUCUUAAGUCAUACUUUGCAAAGUUUGAUGGAAAAUAGUGAUCUUAAUCAAAUUUGUGGAUUUCUACAAAGCUGUGCGAAGGACUUCCCCCUCAUUUCAAUGGAUAAAUCAGGAUCUCAUGUAGCUGAGGAGGCAUUCAAGUCAUUAGCGAGACACCUUGAAGAAGAAGAGAACCGACCACUUUUAGAGAAGACUUUAGCUAUGUUAUGUCAGGAACUUGUAAUGGAUCCUGUAAAUGUGAUGUGCAACUGCUACGCAUCUCAUGUACUUCGAAGUUUGCUUUGCCUUUGUAAAGGGGCACCUUUUGAAUCUUUAAGGCUCCGAAACGCAAAAUCUUCAUCUGUUCUUGCUGAAAGGUUGAAUCUUAAGCCAGCUAAACCUAACAGAAUUGUUUCAGUACCGUUGCAGCAUGGGUUUCCCGAUCUGUUUAAAUCAUUUAUCUUAGAUAUGUUAAAACACGGCAAAAAAGACAUCAAGACGCUGCUAGCUGAUCAAUACAGCAGUCUAGUUCUGCAGACUGCUUUGAAAUUACUAUCUGAUAGUAAAGAGGAGUUGUUGCAGAUAAUUCCAAUUCUUUUAGGUCAUGAUGAGGAAACUGCUCCUAACGAGUUCUCAAUCAAAGCUUCUUCGGCUAAAAAACUUUUGGCUUUAGGGAAGGACACUGCCUUUAGCCGUUUAAUGGAGGUCAUCUUGGAAGUGGCUCCAGACACAAUAUUCAAUGAGCUAUUGAUGAAAGUAUUUAGACACUCAAUGUUUGAAUUAUCAUCUGAUCAGUCUGGAAACUAUAUUAUCCAGUCUUUGAUUUCUCAUGCAAAAUCCGAAAAUCAUAUGGAGUUGAUAUGGGAAGAACUUGGUUCAAAAUUUGAUGUUCUCCUUGGUAUGGGAAAACCUGGAGUUGUCGCUUCCAUUAUUGCAGCAAGUCAAAGGCUUCAUAGCCAUGAAAAUAAGUGUUGUCAGGCCAUCGCUUCUUCUGUGUGCUCAACCAAUGAGUCCCCUAACUGUAUUAUCGCUCGACUAUUAUUUCUUGAUAGAUACUUCUCCUGCAAUGAUCCAUCUAGCUGGGAUUGGCCAACUGGCACUACGAUGAAUCUCAUGGGCUCGUUGAUUUUACAACUGAUUUUCAGAUUCCCAACUGAUUUUAUUCAGCCUUUCAUCACAAGCAUUACAUCUUUGGAAAUGAACCAUAUUCUAGAAGCAUCAAAAGACAUAGCUGGGCAAAGGGUUCUUGAAGCCUUUCUGAACUCUGAUGCUUCUGGAAAACAUAAGCGCAAAUUGGUUGUGAAGCUGAAAGGGCAUUUUGCGGAGCUUGCAUUGAAUAGGUCAGGUGCAUUUACUGUGGAGAAGUGCUUUAGUACAAGUAAUAUGGCAUUGAGAGAGACGAUUGUGUCGGAGUUGUUAGUAAUACAGUCUGAUCUUUCCAAGUCUAAUCAUGGCACUGUUAUGCUGAAGAAACUUGAUGUUGAUGGGUAUGCGAGGAGACCUGAUCAAUGGAAAUCAAUGCAAGUUACAAAGGAAUCAACUUUUAAAGAGUUCUAUGAUACAUUUGGCUCAAAGGAAAGUAAGCCUAAAAACAAUAGCUUUGUUUUGGAGUCUGGUCGUACACCACAGGCAGAAAAGAUGAAGCAGUUGAGGAAUGAAGUCUAUUCUAGUCUUGCUAUUCUUACACCACAUUCUGAUAAGGGUGGUAAAAGUAAGCCAAAGUUGUCUGGCCAUAAGCGUGAACAUGAAAGAGAAGAACAGCAUGAUAAGAAAGUGAAUAAAAAAGUUGUUGAUGACGACUCAUCCAAAAGCCAAAAUAAGAAGAAAAAGAAGAAGAAUCAUUGAAGCCUCUUUAAACUACUGCUGCUGCAACAAGAAUUCCCAAGACAGUCAUUGUUGUGUUUUUGUUUCUAUUUUUAUUUUGUUUGUUUAAACUAUGCGAUACUCUUUCUUACUUAAGCUUUAGAUGGUAAAAUUCAAACAAUGUUUUUGUAUUUA